UUUACGAUAUGCAGAUCAUAGACUUUCAUAUUGUGUUUAAACUGAGAUAUUAUGGACAGCAUGGAAGACAGUGGAUUUGACAGUGAUCACAAAUCUAAUCAAACUGAUGCAGAUAGUCCCUUGAAUGGCAAAGCAAAUGGACUUAGUACACCAAAGAAAAAUUCAAGCACAUACAAGAAAUCUUUUGAUUUACAAAAAAAAAUUGAUAAACACAAAGAAAAAGCUGCCAGACGAGCUGUAACAGUCCAACCACAGAGAUUAAUACUUUCCAGAAAUAGAUUAGCUGUUCCUCAGAAAAAUGACAUAAAACCAAUGAAUGAAGAUAACCAGCCUCUUGUAGCAAUUAUGACAGAUGAGAGUGAUGAUGACUUUGAAUUACCUGUGAUAUCUAAAGCUGCUCAAAAGGAGAUAACCCAACAAUUGAUCAAGGAUGGCUAUAACCUUGACCUUGAGCCAGAUGAUGAGGACCUUGACCUCAUUCCUCCAAGGCCAGUCAGUGAACGAUGUACUUGUUGUAACUACUAUACAGGGUUAUGUGCUAUCCAGUAAUGCUAAAUGGUGCUGUAGGAAAAAAGGGACGGAACAAUAUUGAAUGUUAUGUAUAAGAUACUGUGAGUUGAUUUAUGCAUUUCACAUGAUGGUGUAAAUGUGUAAAUGUACUUUUUGUGUCAUUUUCUUAAAAAUUGUCACAAAUGUUUUCAUUGAUUCCAAUUUAUAUUUAAGUGAAUCAUUUUAUUCA